UAACAGAUGAGAGUGAUCUCCCUUGCUCUGUAACAGCAUAUUUAUAUUGGUACACGAUGGAAGGACAAGUCGAGUGUCCCGUUUGUCAGAGGAGUUUCAGAAAAUCUCAGAUAGACGUCCACGUCAACGAGUGUUUAAACAACACGACCACACAGGAAACGACGUAUGACAGUCCAAAAAUAGCAAAGAAACGUAAAUCGAACGACACCUUUGCAUGGGGGUGUCUGAAGCCUGUCGGUGGGAAAUCAAACACCAGUCCAGUACACAAGAAACAGAAACUGACAACAGCUACAGACUCCUUUAGGAGUCAUCAGGAGACAGGUCGAGUCGAAGAUAAAUCGAACGAUCAUGAAAGUAAUGACACAGACACUGAUCACGAAUGUUUACAAUUGGGCAGUAAAAUAAACAAACACUACAGAAAUAACAAACCGAACGUUCUUAGCACUGACAGUUCUAGUAGUACAGUCUCAAUAGUAUGUCCAUCAGGAACAGAAACUGCCAGCUUUCCUUCUGUUUCUAAUAAGUCAGGGCCUCAAGAAUGUGGUAGAAAUGACAGCUGUGCAGUCAGUAUUGGUUUGACCGCCAGCAGUAAGCCCCUGGCAGAACAGAUGCGACCGAAGAGCCUAGAGGAGUAUGUUGGACAAGAUAAGGCAGUGGGGAGGAACAGUCUACUGCGGUCACUUCUACAAAGUGAUCAGAUCCCCUCCCUUAUACUCUGGGGACCCCCAGGCUGUGGGAAGACAACACUUGCCAAGAUAAUUGCCCAACAGUGUAAGGAAGGAGGCACCCUAAAGUUUGUCCAACUGUCUGCGACGACGUCGGGCGUCAAUGACGUCAAACAGGUUGUCAAGGUUGCUAAGAAUGACCAAAGGAUGCUGAAGAAAAAGACUAUUCUCUUUUUGGAUGAAAUUCAUCGGUUCAACAAAACACAGCAGGACUCCCUUUUGCCCCAUGUAGAGGAUGGCACUAUCAUCCUGAUAGGGGCUACCACCGAGAACCCCUCAUUCCAGGUAAACAACGCCCUCCUGAGUCGCUGUCGUGUCAUCACACUGGACAAACUGGAACCAUCGGACCUGCAGCAAAUCCUUGUCAAGGCUGUGAUGGCUGUGGGUGGAGUUAUCGUAGCAGAAGGGUGUGGUCCAGAUGAAGGGGAUGAGACUAAAUCUGACAGGAGGAAGUGUGUGUAUGUGGAGCAGCAGGCACUGACCACCUUGUCUAAUUUGUGUGACGGGGAUGCCAGGGCGGCCCUCAACAGUCUCCACAUGGCCCUACAGUCCCGCCUCUGUCAACACAAUAGCCAGUCACAGGACUCCACCUCCAGCCAGUCAGGACGUCGACCUGUUGUGACUUCUGCCGAUGUGAAGGAGGGACUACAAAGGUCACACGUCCUAUAUGAUCGGGCUGGAGAGGAACAUUAUAACAUCGUCUCCGCCUUACAUAAGUCUAUCCGGGCCUCUGAUGCCACUGCUGCCCUCUACUGGCUGGCCAGGAUGUUGGAAGGAGGAGAAAAUCCAUUGUAUGUGGCACGUAGAUUAAUCAGAGUGGCUAGCGAAGAUGUUGGUCUGGCUGACCCGACAGCCUUGACCCAGGCUGUGUCAGCCUACCAGGCGUGCCAUUUAAUAGGGAUGCCAGAGUGUGAUGUAAUGUUGGCACAGUGUACAGUGUACCUAUGCAGGGCCCCGAAAUCUGUGGAAAUAUAUAAAGCUUACAACAAGGCCAAGACACAGGUCAAAGGUCAAGAGGGGACACAACCAUCAGUGCCACUUCAUCUAAGGAAUGCUUCUACUAAACUGAUGAAAUCUCUAGGUUAUGGUAAAGGUUACAAGUACAAUCCUGACUAUGAUGAACCAGUUGACCAGGAUUAUCUCCCACCACAACUCAAACACAUCAAUUUUUUUACAUAAAUUUUAAUAAAAAUCUCU